CUAAAAUGUAACUGUCAAAAACAGCUGGUCAUAACAAAAUAAAAACAGAAAAAUGUCAGGUUUGAUACGUAAGUCCAUAAGUGAUAAGAUCACACAACUAGUUAAAAAUCACAAUGUAUAUUACGAGCUAGAAGUACCCACGAAAGCAGCAUCAAAUGGUAAGCCGGCAUUGCAGUGGUCAGUAAAGGGAAAUGAUGCAACCAGCAAUGUGGAGCUGUUAAGGGAGGUGGAAAAUUUGAACUAUGACAAGGAAUUGGUGGAACAGACAAAAUUUAUACCAGCUAAUGGUAAAUUUCCAGCAAAAGUAGAAUUUACUUUAAAUGAAAGGCCCUAUAUGGAGACCCUGCUAAUGGGAAAUUGUAUGGAGGACUUACCUAAACGUAAAGAACAUAUGGUAUUUGAAUAUAGUUCUCCCAACAUAGCUAAACCAUUUCAUGUGGGCCACAUACGUUCCACCAUCAUAGGCAAUGUAUUGGCUAAUCUACACCAAAAUCUUCAAUAUCCCGUAACAAAAAUGAAUUAUUUGGGUGAUUGGGGCACUCAAUUUGGCUUGUUGCAAGUGGGAGUGGAGCUAUUACAAGCUACCGAACAGCAAAUGCAAGAAAAUCCCAUAGAAACUCUGUAUAAAGCUUAUGUCACCGCCAACAAAGAGGCUGAGACAGACACUUCUAUAGCACAAAGGGCUAGAGAUUACUUUAAAGAUUUAGAAAGCGGCAACCAGUCAUCGGAUCUAAACAAACAAUGGCAAAAUUAUAGAGAGUAUACUAUUAAAAAUUUGGAAGCUGUUUACCACCGUUUAGGGGUAUCUUUCGAUGUUUAUGACUGGGAAUCCCAAUAUAGCCAACAACAAAUCACAGCAGUUUUACAACAACUAGAAAAGAAACAUUUAUUGCUGCCGGAAAAGGAUGGACGUAAAGUUGUAGUGGUGGACAAACGUCGUGUACCGGUGAUCAAAAGCGAUGGCUCCACUUUAUAUUUGGCACGUGAUAUUGCCGCUCUUUUGGAUAGAUGGCAACGAUUUAAAUUCGAAAAUAUAUUCUAUAUCGUGGAGAAUGGACAAACAGAUCAUUUUAAGGCCUGCUUUCAAACCACUUCAAAAUUGAGUGAUGAAAUAGUGGAAUCUAAAGCGAAACAUGUAAAAUUUGGCCGCAUACAUGGCAUGAGCACUCGCAAAGGUCAAGCGGUAUUCCUUAAAGAUUUGCUGGAUGAAGCAAGAGAUAUUAUGCAUGAGAAACAAUUAAAAAGUCCCACUACUAAGGUUGAUAUAACAUCUUCAGAAGUGGCGGAUGUCUUAGGUGUAUCUGCUGUUAUUAUAAACGAUUUGAAACAAAGACGACAAAGGGAUUACGAGUUCUCCUGGGAUAAGGCCCUACAAGUUAAUGGUGAUACCGGCAUUAAGUUGCAAUACACUCACUGCCGAUUAAAUAAUUUAAUCGAACAAAACUGUAAUAUAAAUACCAAUAGCCUGCAAUUCUCAUGGAAACAUCUCGCAGACCCAGAGGCCUAUGAACUGUUAAAUGAAAUUGCCCGAUUUCCCCAAAUAUUAUGGCAGGCAAAAGAACAGCUAGAAGCAUGCAUUUUAGUAAACUACUUAUUUGGUUUAAGCAAUAGCACCAGUCGGGCGCUUAAACGUUUGCCCAUUAAAUCAGAAGCUAAUUUUGAAAAACAACAACAUCGUUUGAUGCUAUUCAAAAAAUCCAAAGAAAUACUAAAACAAGGCAUGGAAAUAUUGGGUUUAAAACCUUUAAAUAAAAUGUAA